AUGUCUGUAGAGGCACAACGCCAUCAGAACGAGAUUCCAACGCUCUGUUACGACCCAAGGCUUGAGCCUUUCGGUGGAUGUCGCCUUUGUAUCGUCGAAUUAGAAGGCGCGCGAAACCCGGUAGCAUCUUGCACGACGAAAGCCACACCUGGGAUGGUCGUCCGUACAGCGACCGAUACAAUAGAGGCGUAUCGGAAGACGUUGCUCGAAAUGGUUGUCGGUGAAAAUCGUGAAGUCGAUGUAUCCCCAUUGCGCGGUUAUGCAUCUGGCGAACUCACCGACCUCCGGGACAGGUACGGAAUUAACGGCACACGUAUAACAGGUGCAACAUCCGGCACGAGCAAAACCGAUGAAAAUCCGUUCAUUCUCAGAGACUACGAACUCUGCAUCUCCUGUUAUCGGUGUGUCCGCGUCUGCGCUGAACAAGAAGGCGAUCAUGCCAUCAAUGUUAUGAAUCGCGGUUUCCAUACACAGAUUACGACAGAGUUUGACGGACUUCUCAAGGACUCUGCUUGCACCUUCUGUGGACAGUGUAUCCAGACCUGCCCGACCGGGGCACUCGCUGAUAAAAAAGCACUCCGCGCGGCUGACGAAAUAGCGGACGCUGUUCCUGACAAAACGCGCACAAUCUGUCCUUACUGCGGCGUUGGAUGUUCUGUUGAUGUACUCACGAACAACGAAAAAAUCGUCGGUAUCCACCCUGCAAUGGAUGGACCCGCCAAUGAAGGGGCACUCUGUGUCAAAGGUCAGUUUGCUUACGACUUUGUGCAGCAUUCCGACCGACUAAAGACCCCGCUCAUCCGCGGUGACGAUGGGGAACUCCACGAAACUACAUGGGAAGAAGCUCUUGACAAAGCCGCUGAAGGGUACCGGAAAGUCCAAGCUGAACACGGUAGAUAUAGCAUCUACGGUGUCGCCUCUGGGCGCGCACCGAGUGAAGCGGCGUACCUUAUGCAGAAAUUUAUCCGUGUAGGGUUCGGGACGAAUUACAUCGAUAACUGUAGUCGUGCUUGA